AAUUCAUACAAGUCGGGAACAGCGAUUACAGACUGUGCCAUAGGAUAUCGCACAGUGCGUAUUGAGUCUCUAUCGGUUAAUCAAUGGAAAUCCGGCAACGUCGCGUUUACUGGUAUAGUGUGACUGCCAUUUCGUGAUGUUUCGAUACCUGACAUUUUCUCGAGUAGACAUGUAACAUUUGUUAAUAAUGGGUCAACACAACUUACUUAUAGAUUAUGUAGCAUCAGGGCGACGAAUUUCGGAAUUGGAUACAUUUGCCGAACAAUUAUGGUACAGCGACUGUGAUAUUCCAAUACCACUUCGUUCUUUGGAACGCGAAAGUGUAUAUGGGCUUACAAGUGUGUUGCUCAUUAUCUGUGAACAGUGUCACAUUGUCCACAAAGUUGUGACAAAUAAGACUCCUGUACGUGAAGAAGAUACGGGAAUACAAAAGUAUGCUGUCAAUUAUAAAGUAGCAACUGCUAUCCUUGAUGGUGGUUCCGGAGAAGUACAAAUAAAUAUUAUUCUCUCUGUUCUCAAUAUUCCAGCAAUGACUUCCCAUUUUAUAAAGCGAUACGAAAGGACGAUUGAUGUUGCGAUGGAGCAUGUCGCCAAAGAAAGUUGUAGAGAUAUAAUCGCUUUGAAUAAGAAGUUAACAAUUGAAGCGAGAGAGCAAGAAGCAUCAGUUAAUUCGUUAUCGACUAAUUAUAAUUGCAUGUUAUAAGUAGGCUGCAUUAUAUGCACGAGCUUUUAUUUACUUUUCAUGGCUUUGCAUGCUUUUAAUUGUGCUAUAAAAAAAAAUGUCCUCAUUGCUGCAACACCCCAAAACAUUAGAUGUCACUAACACUUAAUUGUAUUGAGUUCGUCGACUAUCGAAAAAAAAAUUGUUUAAAUAAAAAUAAAUUAGUUCAAGUUCAAAUCAAGAAAACAAUGACUCGAAUAUGAA